AUGAAGUAUAUCGUAUGUCAGCGCCCACUUAAGAUUUCAUGCAACAAUAAGUUUAAUCAAGCGACUAGAUUCUGCGCUUUAAAGGAAUAA